UAUAUGUAUAGCAUAGAUCUGUGGAAAAUACCUGCCAGUCUGAGUCUCCCAUCCACUGUGCCUAUAUGUAUAGCAUAGAUCUGUGGAAAAUACCUGCCAGUCUGAGUCUCCCAUCCACUGUGCCUAUAUGUAUAGCAUAGAUCUGUGGAAAAUACCUGCCAGUCUGAGUCUCCCAUCCACUGUGCCUAUAUGUAUAGCAUAGAUCUGUGGAAAAUACCUGCCAGUCUGAGUCUCCCAUCCACUGUGCCUAUAUGUAUAGCAUAGAUCUGUGGAAAAUACCUGCCAGUCUGAGUCUCCCAUCCACUGUGCCUAUAUGUAUAGCAUAGAUCUGUGGAAAAUCCCUGCCAGUCUGAGUCUCCCAUCCACUGUGCCUAUAUGUAUAGCAUAGAUCUCCUUCCUCCUAUAGCUCAUCAACAGAUGUGUAGUCUAGACCUCCUACCUCCUCAACAGUAGAUGCGACUGCUGUAUUGAUGCCACAGCAGCCCUGUGAGUGUUCCCGCUUCGUCGAGCACGCCCCCGCCCAGUAGCAGCGUGCACGUCGUGUGCGCGCAGGACCCUUCCCUACAGUACAAGACAGUACCAAACCGAGCCUGGAGCCUGACGCAAGGUAGCGCACCCAGAGAACAGCGAGAGAGAGAGAGAGAAGAUGGACGGAGUGGGAUCGUUCGGAGCGGGCCUGGCAGGUGCUGCCUUCGACCCGGUUUCCUUCAUCAAGCAACCGACCACCAUCCUCAGGGUCCUGUCCUGGGUAUUCUCCCUGGUGGUGUUUGCCUCUAUAGUGAACGAGGGCUAUGUGAACCUGGGUAGUGAACGUCUCCACUGUGUGUUCAAUAAGAACGCUGAUGCGUGUAACUACGGAGUGUUCUGUGGUCUGCUGGGCUUGUUGCUGUGUUCCUUCUUCUUCCUGCUGGAUGUCAAGUUCCAACAGAUCAGCUCUAUUAAGGACAGGAAGAAGGCUGUGAUGCUGGAGGUCGGGCUUUCAGGUUUCUGGACGUUCCUGUGGUUUGUGAGUUUCUGUUUCCUGGCCAAUCAGUGGUCUAGGACCGCCCCUAAGGACCUGCCACUCAACCAGGGGGCCGACGCAGCCAGGGCCUCUAUCGCCUUCUCAUUCUUCUCCAUCCUCACCUGGGCUGGUCUGACUGUGCGUGCAGUCCAGAAAUAUCUCCUGGGAACAGACAUGACCCUCUUCACCACCGACCAUCUGGACGGAGUCGCCCCGGUAACACCAUACCCCCCCACCACCGGGGGCGCCAUCGAGCCCAGCGACAACUACCAGAGCCCCCCGUUCACAGAGGGGCUGGAAGCCCCCGCCCCCACAUACCAGGUCCCCAUAUACUAGUCUCUCCCUGUCCUACUAGUCCCUCCCUGUCCUACUAGUCCCUCCCUGUCCUACUAGUCCC